UCUAGAAGAAAAUGAAGAGAAAUUUGUGGUUAAUUGCUUUGUUUUUGGCUCUCUAUUUGGUGAUCUCAUCUUAUGCAGCUUCAAGUGAGCCAUACCAAAUCCGAAAACUUUUGAUUAUAGAUGCACGGCCUAGUAAGUCAAGACCGGCACCCCACUGUUGUUAGCAAGGCAAUGGCGGGAGAAGGGAGUAUCCAUGAGAGGAGCUGCCGUUUUAUGGUUCGUAGUGUUUAGACUUUGGAUGGACUGACAUGUAAUUUUAUAAUGUAAUCAGACAAAAAAAACAGGGAAUCAUCAAAAUUAUUUUAAUAGGUUCUUUACUUAAAUGAGAUACGAAUAAAAUGUUCUGAUGUUAUAAAGUACUGUACUCUCUACCUUAUAAAGAAAUUAAAAAUAAAAGUCCAUCGUAUUUUUUUUUUU